AAAAACUUUAAAAUAAAUAAAAAGAUUUGUUGCAAUGAAUUUGGGCACUUUGUGUGGUUCUUAGGAAUGAUUGCUACAGAUCCUGGGUUGCUUGCCUUAGUCAUCGCCUCCUUUUCAUCCAAAAUGCAUGUUUUCUGUCGCUGACAAUAGAUGAUAAAAUUGUAUGCUAAUUUCUGAAAGCUUACUAGCUCAUUUCUCAAUUCUAGUGAAACCUGGUCCUCCUUACAUAAUGCAAGUAGAAGGGAUGAAGGAAGUGCUAAGAGUUUGCUGGAGAAGAAGUAAAAGUGACCAAAUGAGUGAUCCUCUUAUAUGCCAGAUUCAGUACCAAGCCACGACAAAAAACAUUUCAGCAUAUAUUGACAUCCAGUUGGAAAAAUAUAGAAGAAAUAAAUGUUCAAAUCUCACUGGCCUAUGGAGUUUUACAAAUUAUACAGUUGUUGUUCGGUGCAAGCUUAAUGAGUCAAUAUACUGGAGUGAAUGGAGCAACAAAGCUACAAACAGUACAGAAGAACAAGCUCCUUUGAAAGUAGAUUUAUGGAGAGUAAUUGAAACUUUUCAUCCUAAUGGAAACAGAAGUGUGCAUCUUUUGUGGGAGGAAAGUAAAGAAUUCCCAUCUUCAGGAAUAAUAGUUGGCUGUACAGUAAAGUACAUCACAGAAAACAAUGCUACUUUUGAAAAGAAGUACAAUCAGAAUGAGCCUGUAAUUCUGAGCCUGACGGGGGAAGCCUAUGAAAUCGGUGUUACUGCUCAUAACAGUGCUGGAGAUUCUCCUGAAGCUACUAUUAGAAUUCCAUCAAUACGUGAAGAAAGAAUGGAACAUCAAAGAAUUGCUAGUCUGAAGGCUUCUGCUUUAAAAGAGGAAAUGUUUUUGACGUGGGAUUCAACAGGUUCAGAAAUAAAUGGUUAUAUUAUAGAAUGGUUUGAUGAACUGGAGAGAGACCCAUACAAGCGAUCUUGGCAUAGAAUAACAAAUAUCACAGAAUGGAUUUCCCCUAAAGGAAUCUUUAAACUCUUUAGAUGCUAUCAUUUUUCAGUCUACCCUUUGCAUAAAGGUGAAAUAAAAAUGCCGAGUUCCACCAGUAUCUACUUUCAUGAAGGAAUCCCAUCUAUAGGUCCUAAAGCGGAAGUGGAAAAUCCUGGUAAAAAUGAUGCCAUCAUAAAAUGGGAAGAAAUUCCAAAAUCAGCAAGAAAUGGUGUGAUUAUUAACUAUACUAUAUUUUAUGAAGCAGAAGAUGGAAAACAAUUGGAAGAAACUGUGGAUGGCGGUGUCCUGCAGUACCAACUUAAAUCCUUGCAACCCAACACCAGGUACAGAGCUCUGAUUAGGGCAAACACCAUCGUUGGAGGAGAAGUUGGAAAAGAAACUUACUUUGUGACUAAGCUAUUUAGUAUAACAGACAUUGUCCUUAUAACUAUCUUCACUGGAAUAUUCAUGUCAUGCCUAUUAAUUAUUGGACUCUUAUGGGCUCUAAAACGUCAAACGAUAAAAAGAAUUUGCUGGCCUGAGAUACCACAUCCUGUAAUACCAAGUUGUCAUGCUGCAUCUCAGAAAAUCAUAUUGGGGAAUUCAACUUCUGAGGAUGACAUCAAUAUUUUGAGAACAAAUACUUGCAGUGAGAAUGAGUUACCAUUGCUGAAUCCUGAAAACUGCUUCAAACAAGGAAAUAUUACUGCAAAAAUUGUGGUCGCUGGUCAAGGUACCUUUUGCAGUGGAGAAUACAAAGCUCUAGAAUGUUUUCUUCCAAUAUCAUCUUUGAAGGAUGACUCCAAGAAUCAAACACUUCCAGCUGUGAAACAGGAUUCCAAAAGUUAUAUAAAUGAAGAAAUGCAACAUCAGGUAAAUUCAAAGAAGUUAACUGAAUUUAAUCCAUAUUUGAAAAACUCAGUUGUACAAGAGAGUUCCUGGAUUGUGAGAAUGUCAAACAAAAUGCAAAAGAAACUGAAACCCAGCCUGCUCCCUUGGCCUGUUGUAUACCACAUAGUGCUGGACAUCCUUAUGUAGCACUGGAAUCAGUUAAAUUGUUCUCGAAGUAUUAAUGGCAAAAUACUUUUAAAAAGUCGUGCGGGGCAUCCUUUGCUGAAUGACCACUUGUCGCAGCUGCUGUUUUACUAAAUAGUGACCAUGUAAGAACUGCAUGUUUUUUCAACUAUUGCUAGAUGGUUGAUACAUUUUGUUCCAGGCUUGAUUAUUAGGAAAUGUAAAAAACCCACAUCAGGGCGUCCUGUUUCUUGCUUGCUCUGUUUCCUAAUAAAACAUAAUGAUAAGCUGAAUGGAAAAAGUGGACUAAGAAACUUUAGAUAUAGAAUAAAAUGCAGCAUCAUUAUGAGUUGAAUAGUAUUUGUAUGUCCUUACAUUCUGUUGUAUUUAACCCUUGCUUACCUGACCAAAAGAGCUGAAAACACACUUCUCCCAGUUAACCUAUCAUUUCAAGGUAUUAUCUUUGUUGAAUAUGCUCUUGUCGCAGGUACAGUCACAGGCAUGCCUUGUUAAAAUCUUUGUCUCACUAUUCUAGUCUAGUAAUCACAGAUCUCAAGUAUGUCAUGCCUGGAGGGGAACAUGAAGUCAUAUAAUUGUCAAUCAAAAUUAAAUUGAAUUUGUUAUGAAGGUUGGUAUAAAGGUGAUGUAUAAAUAAAUGUAAAUAUAUGAAGGCUUUGUAUAUUCAAUGGUUGAAAAUAUUGUCAAUCUAGCAAAAAGUUUGAGAGUAGAAGGGCCACUAUAAAAAGAUUUUUAACAUUCUUUAAAGAGUUCAUAUGCUAUAUAAUGUCAAAGUUCAAGAUUUCUUUGGUGAAAGUUGCUUUUAUUAAUGCCAUGAUACUUUGAAUAGGUGGUUCUCAAAAGCUAUAUUGUGCCAAUCUAUCUGUAUGUUGAACUAUUUCAUAAUCUACCCAGUGUUAAAAUGAACUAGAUUUUCUUGGAAAAGAUUAGAAGAAAAAACUUCAAAUGGUUGUGAUGAAGUGAAAGGGGUAUUAGAAGCUGUGAAGAAAGUGUUGCGUUUACAGCCAAGAGACUAUCAUCAUAUCUUGCCAAGAAGACCUUGUGUUGUUUUCAGCUUGUCAAAGCACUUCCUUAUUUUGCACAUUGCUUACUGCACUGCUAGAUGUAUUUAAUAUCAGGUUCUGUUAAGAGCUUUAAAAUCUAGAGAAUUGUGACCAUGUGAUAAAUUUGCCUUUGUUCCUGA